AUGAAUCUCAAUCAAUCAAUGAUACCACUGAAUUCUCAUCAAUUUGACACUACUUCCGCUACUGCCCAAGUAGCAGGCGCUAUUCAAAACUCAGCCAUUCAAGUGGACUCGAAUUACGCCAAUAUUGAAUCUUCACCACGACUUCUGAACACAGGAACAAAGUGGCUGAACCAAACCUCAAAAACUGCUUGGGUUCUACUCGAUGAUGCCAAAUUGUGUUAUUCCGUCGUGAAACAGAAUCACACUCCCAUAGUUGAUUUACUCGAUUUGCUCGAGGAAGAAGGUUACGAAAAUAUAAUUUUUGUCUUGAAAAGAAACGAGUUUGGAGGCGGUAGUCGCUUUGGCAUCGACUUGAAAGGAAUUGUUUCAUUUAUCAAUGGAAUUGUCGGAUGUCUGUUGAUUCCUAAUUUGGCAAAAACAUUUGCGUCUUGCGAGAUGUCAAGCCUCAAUAGUAAAGAGGAAGAAUUUGAUGAUUACGACUGGUUAGGUUUGUUAUGUCAAAUGAACUAG